CGAAAUCUCAUCACAAUUCCAAACACCAAAAACACACUCCCCCCUCCAGUUUUUGCAACUGAUUCGAUCGAAUCAAAAAAACACUGUGAGCGAUGUUAAGAGCUUCAUCGAUUCACCUUUCCCCCUUCGUUUGCCUUUUACCGAAGCCUAUUUCUGCUCUUCUUCCUGCUCUCAUUCUUCCAUCCUCGCCGCUGCCGAUUUCUCACCGGAGAACCGCGCACUCUUCGCCCAUUGAUCACCACAAUUCUGUUCACUAUUUCAGCUCUAAUAAGUUCCUUCGAUUUCCAGGAAUGUCCGCUCCUGUCAGCCAUCUGAAUGCGACAGCUUCAUUCAGCACCUCGAGCAGCUCUGAGGCUGGAAGAGAGAUUUUAGUUCAGCACUUGCUUGUCAAAGAAGAUGACCAGAAGCUUUUGCUUGAGCUGCAGAAAAGAGUUGCUGAGGGAGAGGACUUGAGUGAUUUGGCUGUAGAACACUCGAUAUGCCCAUCAAAAGAGGAAGGAGGUAUGCUCGGUUGGGUGACAAAGGGGCAGAUGGUGCCAGAGUUUGAGGAGGCUGCAUUCAAUGCUCCUUUGAAUAAAAUUGUGAGGUGCAAAACUAAAUUCGGGUGGCAUUUAUUGCAAGUAUUGUCUGAAAGAGAGGAAUCAUUGCUUGAAGACAUUCAGCCUAGUGAACUCCACAAGAAAAUGCAAGAUCCAUCUUUUCUCGAAGAGGCACAGCUGAUUGACGUCAGAGAACCAGAUGAAGUGGCCAUAGCCUCGUUGCCGGGUUUCAAAGUUCUUCCACUUCGCCAGUUUGGAAGUUGGGGACCAGAAGUUGCAACAAAGUUUGACCCAGAAAAGGAUACCUAUGUUAUGGUGGGCGCUGGUAUCUACUCUUGCCUUUAUGGAAGCUUAAGGCUCAUGAACAUCUAUGUUUUGGUGACUGUUCUCAAUAGGUGUAUGAAUCUUCAAUUCAAGUAUUUGCAUUGCCAUCAUGGUGUGCGGUCAAUGCAAGUUGCUCAAUGGUUGCAGACACAGGGUUUCAAGAGAGUAUUCAAUGUGACCGGAGGCAUUCACAGAUAUGCUGUGAAAGUGGACUCAUCCAUUCCCACCUACUGACCACUCACUUCGCUUCAUUAUGGAUUUAUUUCAUAGGCUGUCAACUACUGAGAAAUAUAACAGUGAAGCUUAAAUUUUGAUUGUGACUAAAAUCUUUAUUCGUAUGUGGCAUCGUUCGUUCAUUCGUUCAA